AUGGUGAGCUCGGACCCCUCCGCGCGGAAGAGAAGUUUGACCGUCGUCGCUAAUUGUGCGUUCACUUGCUCCAAGAUCUGGACCAACGUUUUUGCUGGCGGCAUUGCCCCCAACCCAAAGAACGCCUCUGGUUCAAUCCUACAAUGCGACCAACAUCACCCUCUUUGGCGCAAACGUCGACAAGUACAAUGCAAUGCUCACAUCCUUCAUCCCAUGGAUCCCGCUCAAUUACCCCGGUACGAAAGCGAUGCUCUUUGACACCCAACCUUUCUUCAACUCUCUCCUCGACGACCCCUCUCGGUAUGGAUUCGUCGACGCGACCAAUGUCUGCCCGGCUUACGAAUACGUCUCGGGGGACCCUUUCGUCGACUCGCCUCUUUGCCCUUGGCCAUUCACUGAGAUGGUCUGGGCCUCUUCCUACCACCCAACAUGGCCCGUUCAUCGUCUAUUGGCCCAAGUCAUCCUCAACGCUCUACAGACCGCGCAAUCAGGAGGAGCUAUCGAUUCGGGGGAGACGGUACUGAUGAAUGGCUCGAUCGUAUCGAUGGAGCCAACCUAUAUCCCGAUCGCCGUUCCGACCGUCACCUCUUCGAGAUCGGUCGCGAAUCCGACGGUCGCUUUCACCACGGCCGUCGUCGCGGGAUCCACAGGGGUCAUCGCCGGCCAGCCAGCGGGGAAAACAUCAUCAGCGUCGUAUACGCCCCCGUUCAAUCUAAUUAAAGCACCGAUGGGUGUGCUAUUCAUUUCGUGGGCAACAGCCGUGUUCAUCCUCGUCAUGACAUAG